AAUUGUAAUGCUAUUCAUUUGUUUGUCUGUCUAAACAAUUGCUUAAAAGUGAUACAAUUGUCUUUCUUUAAAGGUUAAAACAACAUUUUGCUUUUCCAAUGAGCAUUUUCAUCCAAGCACCUUCAUGAAGGGUUUGGAUUUACCUCUGCAAAACAUGAGCACAUUGUCCGGGAAAAUGAGCGCUGCGGGUGAUGGGGAGAGCAUGAGAGAUGACGUACAUGUAGAAGAAAACAUUUUGGAUUUCUCUUCAUCUCCAAUCAAACCAAAUCAUCAUUUAAAAAAAACUGGCUUCAGAAUCAGACCUAAACUGGCCUCCGCUCAAGCCGUCCUAUCAUCCAGACUAGAUGAACCGAUGAAAAUGCACACAAACCUACAUGAGGAUAUAAAACCAGAACUUUUGGAUUGUUUACCACGAGCUGGUAAAGAAGCUACCACAGGCAUGGACACUGAGGAAAAGCAAGUGAUGGAGGAUGAAGCACGUGUUGAAGAAAAUUCAAAGAUGUUGUUUAAUGCAGAAUCUAGAAAGAACAUGUGGAGAAGCAAGUCGGACCUUAAGGAAAAACUGAAGGGCAGGAUGAGGGAGAGACUGGGUGGAAGUCUGGAUAACAUUUAUGAGGGCAAGGAGAGAGAGAAGAUGACUGAGAGCAGAAGGCAAAGGCAAAGGAGUUGGGCUUCAAAACAAAGAAACAUACAAGCGUCUGGGACUUCAAGAAAUGGGGAACUUUAUAUGAACAGAGGUAUGGAGAAAAAGGGUGAGGAACAGAAUAGAGAAAUGAAAGAUUACGUUCCUCAUCCUGUCCUCUCUCGGGUCCUCCUAUACUCCUCAGCUUCAUCAUCCUCUUCCUUCAAUAACUCUUCAGCCGAGAGCGACGAGGUCUUCAGCGAGGGAGAGGAUACAGCAGCAAGGAGAAAGACCUUGAAUAAGUGUCGAUCAUGGAGAACAUUUUUGACUAUGAUGCAGUGGUCCAAACGCACACAGAGAUCGUGGAUCCAGCUGGCUGGUCACCAAGGUAAUGUUAAGCUGAGUGAGGGUGGUGAGGUACUCAAGAGGUUUUCUGAGGUAGAAGACAGCUGCCUGCAGGAUCUCAUGUCUGAUGCGCUCUGUCAGUUCGUGCCUCAUUAUUAUGGACACAUCAGUCAGGACGGAGAGCGUUUCAUUCGUCUAGAGGAUCUAUUGAGUGGUCUUAGAUCUCCUGUGAUUAUGGACUGCAAAAUGGGUGUCCGGACAUAUCAGGAAGAAGAGAUCAUUAAGGCCAGGACUAAUGCCAGCAUGCGGGGUGAUAUGUAUCAAAAGAUGAUAAAAGUAGAUCCGGCAUCUCCAACUGCGGAGGAGCACGCACAGGGAGGCGUAACGAAGCUGCGUUACAUGCAAUGGAGGGAUGACAGCAGCACUACCUCAACGUUGGGCUUUCGCAUAGAGGGCAUAGUGAUGGGGAACGGAAAAGUAUUACGAGAUUUUUACAAGACACGCACAGAUGCCCAAGUGACAGAAACCCUAUUAUCUUUUACCAAGAGACAGGUUCAUAUUCUAAAGGCCUACAAAUCCAGAUUACAAGGACUGCAUGAAACAUUACUGCGGUCAACCUUUUUUAGCAAGCAUGAGAUCAUAGGAAGUUCUCUGCUCUUCGUCCAUGACUGCAACGGCAAAGCUAAUAUAUGGAUGAUAGAUUUCGGGAAGACCAUACCAACCCCAAACGGUGUCCAGCUGAGGCAUGAUGUUCCAUGGGUGGAAGGAAACAGGGAGGACGGAUAUCUCCUUGGUCUAAUCUCUCUCAUCUCUCUGCUGGGUGAAGCCAUCAGGGAAACAGAGGAACACGGUCAAGAGCCAUCAUCACUGGGAGUCUGAGCCAUCCCUUCAUUUUGUUCAUUGAAGACUGUCUAGAAAAAUCAUAUUCGAUUGGCACUGAAUUAAAAACUCACACAUGACAUGACUGUAAAAAGCAACAUUUUUAUAUACUCAAUGAGGCUGCAAGAUUGGAUCCUCUAGUCAAGACUAUUGACAUGUAACAGUAUUAAUAAAGCAUUAACUGCUUGCUUUGAAUUUACAUAUCUGUCUACUUAAUGCUUGAGAUGUUAUGAAAAGCUACUGUGAAGUGUCGGUUUGAUAUGGGAUAUGGCAUGACAAGCCAUAGAGGAAUCAUAAGAUCUACAAAAAAUGUAAAUAUUUACCUCUAAAAGAAAAUGUUAGUGCUAAAAGUG